UUCCGGCCCACGUGGGGCGCGCGCACAUGGCCGCGAACAUGUCGCCGGACGAGGAUGUGCAGCGGCUCCUGAUCCAGUUUCGGGAUGAGGCAGGAGAGUCCCUGGGCUCGCCCUUCGACGUCCCGGUCACCAUCACCCCGGACAAGCUGCAGCUGGUCUGCAACGCCCUCCUGCAGAAGGAUGAGCCGGUGCCUCUGGCCUUCUUCGUCCACGAUGCCGAGAUUGUGGCGUCGCUGGAGAAGACCCUGGCGGGGCAGAGCGUGGAGACGGAGAAGGUGCUGGACAUCAUCUACCAGCCGCAGGCGGUGUUCCGGGUGCGGGCGGUGACGCGCUGCACCAGCUCCCUCGAGGGGCACACCGAGGCCGUCAUCUCCGUGGCCUUCAGCCCCACCGGAAAGUACCUGGCGAGUGGCUCUGGAGACACCACCGUCCGCUUCUGGGAUCUCAGCACGGAGACGCCGCAGUUCACAGCCAAAGGUCACCGGCACUGGGUGCUCAGCAUCGCCUGGUCACCGGAUGGCAAGAAACUGGCCUCGGGCUGCAAGAACGGCCAGAUAUUUCUCUGGGACCCAGCCACGGGCAGCCAGAUCGGCCGGGUGCUGUCUGGCCAUUCCAAAUGGAUCACAUGUCUGUGCUGGGAACCGCUCCACAUAAACCCAGAGUGUCGCUACCUGGCGAGUGCCUCCAAGGACGGCAGCGUCCGCAUCUGGGACACACUGAUGGGCAGGUGUGACAAAAUCCUCACGAGCCACACGCAGUCGGUGACGUGUGUGAAGUGGGGGGGCGAUGGCUUGAUCUACUCCUCCUCCCAGGACAGGACCAUCAAAGUCUGGAGGAGCCAGGAUGGGGUGCUGUGCCGCAGCCUGCAGGGCCACGCUCACUGGGUGAACACCAUGGCCCUGAGCACCGACUACGUCCUCCGCACCGGGGCCUUCGAACCCGCCGAGGCCACCAUCAACCCACAGGACGUCAGCGGCUCCCUGGCAGAACUGAAGGACAAGGCUCAGCAAAGGUACAACCAAGUCCGGGGCCAGGAACCAGAAAGGCUCGUCUCGGGGUCAGAUGAUUUCACCCUGUUUCUCUGGAGACCAGCAGAAGACAAGAAGCCGCUGGAGAGAAUGACAGGCCACCAGGCAUUGAUCAACCAAGUCCUCUUCUCGCCAGACACCCGGAUAAUAGCCAGUGCUUCCUUUGACAAGUCCAUAAAGCUCUGGGAUGGUAGGACAGGAAAGUACCUGACAUCGCUGCGGGGGCACGUCUCGGCCGUGUACCAGAUCGCCUGGUCGGCCGACAGCCGCUUGCUGGUGAGCGGCAGCAGCGACAGCACCCUCAAGGUCUGGGAUGCCAAGACAAAGAAACUGGCCAUCGAUCUUCCUGGCCAUGCAGAUGAGGUGUAUGCAACGGAUUGGAGCCCGGACGGACAGAGGGUGGCAAGUGGAGGGAAGGAUAAGUGUUUGAGGAUAUGGCGUCGAUAGGAAGAGAGACACGAAGCUGCUGGUCCUGCCCUCGGCACAACGUGCCUGGAAGAUCUCCAAGGGGAAGGAUGACGGAGGCCAACCCGAGCACGACUCCCUGUUCCUGUUGGCUACUCUCCCUCUUGGACUCUUUCCUUAUAUUUAUUUAAGGAAAUUUUAAUUCUAGUUCUUAUUAAGAGCUGUGCUUUGCAGGAUGAUUUCCUCUGAACAUUACAGGAGGGAUAUCUCAUCUGCCUGCAUCUCAACUGGCUUUUUAUUGGAAUUUCAGCCUCACAGAAGCCCUCUGCCUUGAAAGGGGCAAGUGAAGGGCAGGGAUGGCUCUUGCCCUUUCUUGGCUGUGUGAAGAAUCCUAUGGAGAAGAGGGAUUUAGUGGGAACUGAAAGGGUUGUCCCUGUGUGACCUUCAGAGAGAGAGAAGUGGGAAAAUUCAGGACAUCAAUUACAUUGCAGAAUUGUGCUUGGCUGCGUGUCUGGGACAAAGAUCUGCUGCAAAUAAGGUCUUGGGGCUUCUCCUUAUUGCAGUAAGGUUUUGCCUUUCCACUCAGCCCACUUCCCUGUGGGCUGUGCUGAGCAUUAUCUGUGGAUUCUCUGCGUCCACAAAGGAUAACUCCUUCACUCAUCUGUUCAGGGUCCAACGUGCAUGGACUUCAAAUGACUGCUGGAGCUGGGCAGAGUUUUCAGGUCUCAACAGCUCUUGGAAAUGGGGAAAUGAGACACUUGUGCCUCUGAACAGGGGAGGAAGCAUCCAUUUCCCAUCCACCGCUGGCUCAGGGGGGAAGGAAGGAUAGGGUGGGGAAGGGGAAGAAUGGAGCUGGCAUUUGGGGUGGUGUUUGUCCCUUGCCCUGGACAUGUGCUGACAGCAGGACUGGGACUGUCACAGUAAAUGGCAAAACUUCCAUUGCACAGAGUUGGCUCCUUCUGGAAUUUCUUAAGUGCAUUUACUUGCCCAGUGGGUGAGAGGGAUUCACACUGUCAGUUGUGUAUUUCUAAACCUGCUAAUGAGCCUUUUUAUAAGUCAGUUCAGGCUUCCAGCCAUCAUGAGACGAAUAGACCUGGAUUUAUGUUUAUUUCCAGGAUGCUUAUGAAACAGUGAAAAUCAAGAUGUGAUUACUAAGGAGCGGACAAUUAUAUUGUCAAAUUUAGUUGCAGCAGGUUAAUAUGAAGGUCAAAACAUUCUCCAUAGCCCUCAUCCUGCAGUUGCUACUCAGUGAUUACAACAACUCAGAGUGGGAGUUUGAGUCUCAGAUGCUUCCCAGCUGCAGAAGAUGCAUUUUAGGACUUUUUUCCUGCUGGCAGGAUUGCUUUGGAGAAUUAAGAGGGGAUGGUGCAGUAAUGGCCAUUUGCUUGUUUGCAAGUGUUCAGGGGAGAAAAAGACUGGAACAAAGGGUUAAAUCUUUCAUAUGGCUGAGAAGACAAUUUGUGGUUCCUGUUGUUAGUUUCUCUUUUUGCCAGCAAAGUCAGCAGGCUCUGUCUUUGUGGGAUCUUUUGGAAGACCUCAGUAUCCCCUAGCUGCUCUUUCAUUAAUGUGCUUCUUCCAGCUGGUUCUUGCUGACAGUGAAGGCCGUGUUGCAUCCAAUCUGCACAAACAAAACCUUUCCUAACGCACUGAGGUAAAUGUUGUGGGACAGGGUGAUUUAAAACUGUAGCUGAUAAUUCUGCCUCCCCAGACUGCUGUGCCCUUGGGAAGGAGAGGAGCAGGUCUCUGGUAGUGGCCAGGAAGUGUGCCUGUUUUUGAAGUUUUUUGGGAUGCUUGUGCUAAAGAAAACAGUCCACCCUUGGGAAUUCAGCUCUGUGUUCCCAGGUCUGACUUGCUGAAAGCAGCAGCUCCUGGUGUGGUUCUUUGCAGGGGAACAAGCAUCGUUCUCUGCUUCCUUCCCUGAAGUGCUGCACGGGGUCACUGUGCCCUGUCAGUGCUGGCUGUGUUUUGUGUUGGAAGCAGGGAUGUAUUGGAGCUGAGGGAGGCAGUCCUGCCUGUGGGAGCUGGCUUGGCUGUGCAUGUGUGUAGGUGUACCUAAAAUAAAUCAGUGUACCUUGUCCCCUGAUUUCCAAACCAAAGCAAUUGCUGUGCCCUCUGGCCCUGCUCCUGCCAUCCCUUCAGACUCUGCUUCUGUGACAUUUGGCACCAAGCAGAGCCUGAUUAAAACCCACCUUCCUAAUGCUGGAGCAGAAAGGUUUUCCAAAGGGAAGUGAGACGUCUUGAACACAAAAGAGAGGGCCUUGCAACUAAGUUUACACCAAAAUAAGCUCUCUUGCCCUUAAUCUUUCUCUGAUCUGAUAGCAGGUAGAUUUUUGAACCACGCUCAGUGACGGGUUUGCAUGUAAACCAAAUUGUAUUUUCUUAUCCAAGCCUCUGCUACUAUUUUUAUCAUUCAUACAGCACCAGCCUUCAUACAUGCGAAGUGCUGGCCCCGCUCCAGCUGUAUUCCUGAGCAAUUCCGUAACACUCCUCCCAGUUUCAUUUGAAUGCGGCACUUCCCGGGCCUGGCUCUGCAGUCUCCCGCCUGGAGAGCUGCUGCCCUUCCCUUCGGAGCUGGCUCCUUCUUGGCAGGAGGUGCAGCGGGCGCGUGACCUCCCUCGCUCCACCGGCGCUGGGGGUGGGAGCUUUAAUUAGCAGAUUUUGGGAAUUGCAGAUGUAAAUUAGGGCUGAUGGUUGUUAUGAACGGGGAAGACGUUACUUUUUGUUAAAAGGACAAAUCUAGAAGGUAAGGCUGGAGCUUUCUGAUUGCUCUUCUGGGAACGGCAGCACUAACCUCUGCUGAAACAGCUGAGCUUUUCCAGUGCUGUGUGAAAGGAAUCUCAGGAUCUGCUCCUGUCCAAGUUCCUCCUGAGUUACUUGUUAAACAUCCCACACAGGUUUUCCUACCACAAGGGCGUUAUUUUUCACUGGUAAUACAAGACUAAUUUUAAGCAUAUCCAGAAACUGUCCCACAGAGCCCUCUGACACUUUCCUCUUUAAAAGCUGUGAUGCCACCAUUAAUUUUGUUACAAGUCCCCAAUGGGAGGACAGUGAUGAUAAGGACUGGGAAGUGUGCCAGUCCUCUGAGAAAGGUUUACCUGUCUAAUAAAUUCCUGAGUAUGAUGGAGGGAAGGAAGGGAUAUGAUAAGAACACCUAGAGUGAAGCAGAUCAUUUGGGAUAGCGUUGAGGUGAGCAGUAUGGUGCCAAACUCCUGCCCUUUGGAGGCUGAUUUAGAUAAGUGAGGCCUUAGAAUCCUUAUGAAAACUGUUCUCAGGGCUGUGUGUCCUGCUUAUCCAUGCAGGAGGGCUGGCAAGUGGUGUGUGUGUUGUGCUUCCUGGGUUCUGGGUCCUUGGAGCCACACGUUGCUUUUCUGCUUGACUCAGAUGAUCUCUUGAACAUUUUCCCGGAUCUGUAAUUUAAUUUCCAUGUGCAUGUUUAUAGCCUGGGGAGAGAGACAAGAAAAAUCUUUCAAUGAAUAGGAAGAAAAUGAUCUCCAUUCAUUUGUCUGCACGAAAAGGAGCUUCUCUCAGCUUUUUUUGGGUCAACCCAGGCACUGUUCAGAUGAUGUUUCUACCUCAAGGCUGCAUUUUGGUGGUAUGGCAGAAAAUGGCUUGCUGUGAAGACCAUUAGUGCUUUUGAGGAUGAAAGGUGUUAUGGAAACUCAGGACAGUGAUGUCUGUGUUUUGGGGAGCUGCUACCAGAUGAAAAUGUACUUCUCUGCGCUCGGACAAGCAACCUGGAAGGUGCUAAUUUCUUCCUUGAUGCUAAUUUCUAGCUCUUGUGAUCAAGAGCCCUGUCUCACACCUGAGGGACCAAUUGGCUGAACUGAUGUAGUGCAGCUAGGAAGGAGCCACAAAGCCAUGUCUAGUGCUGCUCUUCUGUUUCCUCCACUCUGACUCUAUAAAUCAGUGGUCCUCACCAAGCUAUGGGUUGCCAGUGGUCUCUGUCAGGGGGCUGUGGCUCUUGCAGAGUGUGCUAUUAAAAAUGAACAAACUCAGGGCACAGUAUCUGUGCUUUUGAAGGUUGAUUACCCGUGCUACUGGUGCCCGCUGCCUGGUGGUGCUUUUGGAGCGUGCUGGGUGUUUUAUUGUCCUGCCACGUGGCUGUCAGAGCGGUGCAUCCCCCCGGGGGCUGCAGGGCUGCUGCCAGCACUUAAUGCCAAAUAUCCAUGUGGAUUCCUUGAGGGAGGGAGGGAGGAGCAGCAGGAGCCCCAUGGGGUUAUCCUGCAUCACCGUCCCAGUGUCUCCAGUAUUGAGGCUCCCUUGGGGAAGGGCAGGUGAAUUCAGUCUGUUCUGCCUCUGACCCCUUUCGGCAGCAAAAGCAAGCGAAGGUGCUGUUUGUAAAUAGGUUUAUUGUAGUCUGGGUGCUGGAGAUACUGACAUCCCAAAACUCUCCUGGACACCAAUCAAGGCCCUAGCUCGAAGGAGUGACCCGCAUGCAAAUCCCUCAGCCUCCUGAGCGCUGUUCCAGAGCUCAGCCUUCGGAUCCCGCUCGGAUCCCAGUGCAGCGUGUUUAGUUAUUCCGGUCAAACCUCCCUGCCGCUCCUGGCUGUUUGUCCUUGCUGUGCUGAAACAAACCUGCUCGAGGGCUCCAGCUCCAUUAGGAGGACAAAAGGACAUCAGGCAGCGCUGCUGCCGAAGGGAGAUGUGUCUGGGUUUGGAAGUGAGAUGCAGAAUGGGUGGCUUAGGAAUUACUGUUGUGGCAUUCUCUGUUCAAAAGGCAUCUUCUGAAUGAAUUAUUUUUUUUUAGCUUCCCGAAAAUGUAGCUGGUGACAUUGACUUUGGGGUGAGGAUACAUGCUGAUGCUGAGAGGAUUAAUACUGAAUGUGAGACUCUGUGGAUGGCAAUAAACAACCAGUUCUCGGGGAAAUUA